CACGACUCUGUUCUGUUUGUGAUGUUGGAGAUUUCAAAAUUUAUCAAAAUCGACUUAAAAUCUUAAAUAAUAUCGUAAAAAAUUACGCUUUGAAAUAUAUAAAUUCAACUAAUCAACACGUUACCUAAAUAAAACCAAGAAAGGAGCACGCCUGCGAUAGUUGGCCAGUGUUUGGUUAAGUUUACAUGGUUACAAUAUUUUUUUACAUUUUAUUAUAAUGGAAACUCUCUAUCAUCAAACGACUCAGUUAAUACAAGAAGCGUCGGACUUAUUUCAACAGUUAGAGAAGGAUGUGAACAAUGCAGAGUCAAUCGAAAAUGCCAUACAAUUAAAAAUUAAUGCCAUUAACGCGCACUGCGAAAAACUAGAUGUGUUUGUCUUCAAAACUCCUAUAAACAGCAGACCAAUGGCAAAGAUGCGAGUGGACCAAUUGAAAUAUGACAACAGACAUAUUCAGUCGUCGCUGAACAACGCCCAGAGCAAGCGGCGGCGUCGCGAGCAGGAGCUGACGGAGCGGGAGCAAUUGCUGAGCCGGCGCUUCGGGCCCGGCCACGACCACGACCACACCGUCACCGUCGACUACCUGGCGCAGGAGCACCAGUCGCUGCACAACUCGCACACGAAUGUUGACCAAAUGUUACACACUGGUUCGAAUAUAUUGCAGACGUUACGGUACAACAGGGAUACUCUGAAAGGAGCCCACAAGAGGCUGAUAGACUUGGCCAACACUCUAGGACUUUCCAAUGCCACAAUUUCACUCAUCGAAAGGAGGGUGUCGCAAGAUAAGUAUAUAUUGUUUGGGGGAAUGUUCGUCACCCUCGUUGUAAUCGUUCUUGUAAUUAUAUACUUGGCUUAAAUGGAACGGUAUAAUUUUGUUUCUUGUUGAGAAGAUCGUUGAAGUUUAAAAGAGAAUUGUUACCGUAGUCAAUUAUUUUAUGAGAGUACUGGAUUGGAUAGGUAUUAUAUUGUGCACAGGAAAAUCCAAAAUUGCCGGUUUUAUUAAUUCAAAUAUUGUUAAAUAAAAUCAAUACCUGCCAACGUUAUUUAGCAAUAACUUUUUUCACUAUACAUAUUUUAUUUUGUGUACCAUCGUAUAAUUUAGUUACUAAAGAUGCCUUUGAAAAAUUGAAGUGUUGUAUGUUAUUUUAGAUUGCGUCUAAGUGCGAAGUGCAUUUAUGCAGUACACUUUUUGCAUAAAGGUUGUCUGAUACAAUGCUAGGCGUUAAACGAAUCGUCCUGUUCUGAGAAUUGAUCUACUUCUUGUAAAAGUACUGUAGUUACUGUCAUUACGGUACAGUCAAGGUAUUAAUUAUCGACACGGACAAAGUGCCAAAAAAUGUAUACACGACCUUAUAUUAGGUAUAUCAUUUACCUUACCGUAGGUAUAUUAAGGUAGCGCGUGUUCAUAUUUUUGGCACUUUGGCCGUAUCGAUAUUCAUUACUUUGACUGCACAUGGACAGCCAUAGCAAAGAUAGAUAUAUAUAACUCCGUAAUAGAUGGAUACAGUCUGAGGAAAAAACGUGCCUCGAAAAAUCACGAAAAUUUGAUUCUCGAUCAGAGGGCGCCACUAGUUUUGGCCUACUCUCGUAUAGAGGGCGUUGACGGUUUCGUUUGUUAUUUAUAAUUUUAACGCAUAUCAGUGAAAGAACAUGGGUCAAAAUCAUAUAAAAAUAAUUAAUGCAAAUAAAAAAAUCAUUUAUCCAUAUUUAAAUACAUUUUAACGUAUUUUUAUCAAUCUUUAUUUUUAGUUUUAAAGUAGGUAUGUCGAUAGAUGGCAGUGAAUUUACAACGGUUACAGAAUUUACUAUGACAGUAUCGCUCUAUCUUAUUAUAUCCUCUUUGGCCAUAGUAACAGCCAAACUAAUUCUUAUGGUAUCAAAGGUGUGGCAAUACAUUUGGAUGCUAUUUUGAAUUGCAUGUUGCUGACUGAGUGUUUAUAAAGUGAAUGUACAAGUUUCUAUUAAAAUCGAUAUCUUGUGUUAUUUAUGCUCUAGUUUUUAUCUGACGAUAUAAGUUUCGAAUUCCUUACUUGUUGCUUUUCUUAUUUUUUCGCAACUGUAUUAAAAAACGUCGUUCGAUACACGUGCGGAUAUGUCAUUCUUCGCUCGUCCCGAGUCUUGCCACUCUCCUGCGGCUCGUGGCAAGAUAUCUCGGUACUCGUGAAAUAAUGACAUACUUUCCGCACUAGCAUCGAAAUGUACUAUUUUUUAGACAAUGUUUAAAAAAAUCACAAAUAAAAAAGUAUUAAUUUCUUUAAAAGUCCGGUACACAAAACAGGAGAUUAAAGAUUAAAGAACCGAUAGCCGUUUGUCUUAGAGUCUGUGCGGAAAAAGAAGCGUCGUAGGAUUUGAGGGCGUGCCGGUGCUAUUUUACGGAUUUUGCUAUGCUGACAACACGUAAUUAUAGUACGACACUAAAGGUCAUGAUUCUUGAAUCCUUUUGUUCCGGCUUUUUGCCACAGCUCACUGAAGGGACCCCGGUGUCGGCUCGGCGACCUAAUCCUAUGAAUUAGCACAGGCACUAGUGCUAGUGCCAUUUUACCUUCUACCCAAAGGUUAAAACCAACUUGUUUUUAUAUCUCAGAUACUACAGUGAUAGUUCGAUGGAAAUACAUGCCCAUAACAAUUGUCGUAUUAGUACAAAACUAGAUAGGUUCUAAUUUACUCCAAUCUGCCCAGUCGAACAGUUAUUUUAGCACAAACCUGGAUAGGUAGAUUGGGUAAUCAACCUGUAAUUUUAGUAUCGGGGACAUAAAAACAGUGAAUAGGUUGGUCUUAUUAGGAUUAUUCGAAUCACGAUAUUUUACUUCGUCUAAAGUCACUGCAAAAUAUGAAAUACAUUUAUAAAAACAAUAUCGAAUGUUGCCUUUGGAAACUUAAAGCAGAAAGAAAAAACGCCUCUUCUUUCACAGGCGUUCCGUUCUAUUCAGACAACUUAUUAAGAACGGUUUUUCAAUAUUCAAUAUAAAAAAAAAUGUUAUAAUGAUGAAGAGGUAAGUAAUAAAAUAUGAAAUAUGUAUAUUUUUCGUAUUCUUACUUUAACAGUAGGUUUAAAAAAAGUUUAUGAACCUACUGUUAAUUUACUAAUGUAGGUUUUCGUUAUUUUAUUAGCGAUUAGCGAUGUCCCGCUUGUACACCGGAGCGGUGUGCGGAUCCUUAUCCAAUGCGCAAGACCUCAUUAUUAGCAUGAAGUGUCAAUGUCAAGUUUAGUUUAUUGUGACAGACCCUCUAACGCGCACGGUUCCUAUAGUCUGUUUUUUUAUUCCGUAGACUAAAAUGACAACCACAAAUGUCAAAUGUAGAAAUAAUGUGACCAGCUUAAAACAAACAGUGCUGAUCUUUGAUUUCGGUUUGUGAAUAACCGAAAAAUAUUAAAUUAAUUUUAGAUUCAAAAUAAUCAAUAAAUGUAAUCUACUCGUUUUACAUGAUAGGAAAGAAACAAUAAAUAAAAUCUACCCACUACUAAUCUACUCAAACAUUAAAAAAAAUACAUUGACGUAUCGCCGACCUGACGCUACGCCAUUUUGGUAUUUUUGGUUUACGUAUUCGACAUUCGUUACUUUACUCUUAAAGUGAUCGGAUGUAUUCAGUGCAUUUCCUCUCGUCUUCAUCAACAAAAAAGUACCUCCCAGUAGUUUAUUUUCGGUUUGUACCGGUUGUAGCACAUCACUAUUUAUAAGACGUAAAAAAAACUAGCAACACAUGAAAUGUCAUUUUAGUCCACGGAAUAAAAAAAAGGACGGUAGAUAUAUGUAUUGCGUAAUGCACGCGAGCAAUUAUCGAGCCUUUCGCAAACUGCCUCAUUUGCGGCGCUUUUAUUACGGCAGAUCUAUAUACUUGUAGGUAAAAAACUUAAGUAUAUUCCUCUUGCAUGCAGUUGUGUACAGUUUAAGAAAACACACAAUACAGGACUUGACAUUGAAAACUUUAAGCAGACAGGAUUAAUCAAACUUAUUAGUUAAUUCGUUUUCAUAACUUACGUUAUGUAAGAAAUUCCCAAUCCGAAUACUUCACUGCUACAUACAAGAAGAGCUUUACCUAUUUUUUUUAAUAUAAGGGUACGCACCUUAAUUUAAAUUAAUAUUGUUAUUAUCUAUUCUAUGUAAUCUUGAAAAUAAGUAUGCAAAUAUAUUUUAUGAUAAUAAA